GGUACAUAAAGUUGGAGUUCAUAUAAAUGUAGGUACUAUGGUGAUGUAAAAUAAAUACAUAUAAUUAAAAGUAUUACUAAAUUCAGAUUGGGAAUAACUUCUGUAAAGUAGAGACUAUUCCAUCGACAGGUGUCAAGAGUACAAACACUGGAGUGGAAAGAUGCUUUACUCUUUUCGGUGGCCCAGCACGUGGCCCCUCUCCUGGGGUCUUGGUGGCAAAGCCUGGGGAAGCAGCAUUUCUGCAUUCCCUGCAGCUAAGGCACCAGCACACGACCUGAACUCAGACCCGGCGCCCACGACCUGGGAGUGAGGGACCCAGAGAAGUAGGGGCGGGACGGAGGGGCUGGGCAGCACGAGCUGUACUAACGCACGCAGUGAGGCCAUGCCAAGGCGUCUGGCGCUUGGUGGCAGCAGCGUGGGCUUCACAUCAGUUUGACAGCGAGAUCCAGGGCGUUUCUCUUGGCUGCAGCCCCCAAACCGCAAUUCUCCAGUCCUCCCCGUGACUCGCUGAGCCGCCACUCCCCAAGCCUUUCAAUAAAUUCCCUUUUCCUUAAGUCAGCAGUCGGUUUCUGCUGCUUACAAAGAAGAGCCUCUGCGAGUGGGGAAAGCGGGGGCUGGCGGAAGUCGGGGUUGACAGAGGUGCCACCCAUCUGCUUCAUGGCAUUUGAAACGGGGUCCCACAAAACUGGGUACGAGUUAGUGGCACACAGCUUGUUACUUCAUGGCUCCGCAAUGUUUCCUGUUCACUAAUCUGUCUCCUGCCUCUCCAUGAAGAUGCCCCCCCACGGCUCCCCGAUUUCCCACGUCGCCUGCCCUGCACUAAGCACACGGGAGCCCAGGACCAGCGACGGGAACGGCACUGGGACUUUAGAGCAAGACUGAUCCCUUCGAACGGCACUCCUUCCUGGGCAUCCAUGCUACACACGCACUGAAAUCUCACUCAAGUCCUCUAACGUCUGUGAGCAUCUGUAAAACGCAAGAAAAAAUUUACCACAUGAACAUGUAGAAAUGUACUCGAGGCUAAAAUCUCAACUUCACAUGGUGAAACUGGGUUACAAAAAAUAUUUACACAAUUUCAAAAAGUUCCCAAUUAUGGUUCCUUAAUAAGAGUUCCUCUCUUCAGUUCUUCCUUUCUAAAAAGAGAAAGAAAAAAACACCCAAAACCCAGCCAACUCUCUUCAGAUACACACUCCCCCAGAGCGUGCACGCACACAGAGAUGGACGCCGUGGGUGCAGGCAGGAUCAUUCUCGGUCUAGAAAGCAUCCUCCCGCUUCUCUUUUAUGUCGGUGCUGCCGGUGACUGUACCGUGUCUGUCUCUCAACCGGCCGUCCUGGAAGCGGACUUCGCCGAGGGCACCGUGACCGUGCCAUGCUUCUUCUCCACAGCGGGCUGCCGGCCCGAGCCCCCCACCAAGCUGUGGUUUCGCCUCGGUGCUCAGAAGCCGGAGACCCUCUGUGUGAAUGGCCAGUGCUCGAGCAAGGCAAACAAAUUCACAGUGACGGAGGACCUGGCACGAAACCAGACGUCCCUCACGGUGAGCAGGCUGACUGCCAACGACAGCGCCAUCUACAUCUGUGGAAUAGCCUUGCCCAGUUCCCAGGACCCGAGGGCGAAGCAAACCGGAGCAGGGACGGUGCUGGUGGUCAGAGAAUCCAAAGGUCUCAGCACGAAACUGCAGAGGCUCCUGGUGGCUGUCUUGUCCCUGCUCUCCAUCUACAUUGUUGGUGUACUUGUGGUCUUCGUGGUUCUCUCCAAGUCAAAAUCGAAGACUCCAAGAAAAAAAGAAACAGACGAUUCACAAAAGAAGAAAAGCGCUCGGCGUCUUUUUCAGGAAAUUGCUCAAGAACUAUAUAGUAAGAGACAUGUGGGAACAAGCCAACAAUCUGAGAAGGACACCACUUACGAAAACAGAAGAGGACGUUACAACUGUGAAAGACCGUAACAGUGUUUUCAUUGUUAAUUAAGUCACUGAAAAUCCAGAAGUUAGACAGUGUGAAUGGACACACACCCAUCAGGGCUUGAAAAACAACCAAAGGUGACGGAAAAGAACCAGUUACAGGAUGGGUGCCUGAAUACAAGGAAACAGCCAACGAGAAUUACCGACAUGCCAAAACCCAGCAAAACACAACUGAACAAUUCCUUCUUCACUGGCUAAAAGACUUGUAAGCAGGCUAACAUCCUCAAAAGCUUCCAUUGUCAUAACGUGCGUCCUAUGUUUCACUCAACACGCACGUUACGUGCUGAGUGCUACCCACAAGAGUUGAAGUCAUACCACACACCUCAGUCUUGAGUGGAAGAAGUGUCUUCACGGGCUGUGGAAGUGGUGGGCUAAUUAAUUAGACUAAGGUGGGAGGGAG